AUGGGAGAUCGCGCUCCCGCCUUGCGGGUGUCCUCACACGGAAGCGGGAAUGAGCGCAGGGCCCGCGAGGACGCGCCGGCCACGGACACGCGCCGCGGGCCCCCCUCCCCCGUGGCGCGGCGAGGUCUCCGGAGGCGCAGCGGCACGGCCGCGCGGACCGGGCUUCCUCCCCGCAGAGGGAGCCGCGGCAGCAGGGCGUGGGUGCGGCAGCGUCUGCCGGCGCGAGCCCGCGACACGCGCACGGAGGCUCCCCUGCGGGGCUCGGGCCUCCCGUCAGCCGGCACGACGUCCCUCUGCGCGCCCCCCCUACGCACCCGCCCCGCGCAGCCCCCCGCACACCUUCCCUGUGCGGCCCUGUGCCCCACCUUCGUCGCCCCUGGCGGCCCCCUGCGCAUUCCCCUCCUGAGGGGUCGCCCUUCCCGCCAGCGCGGGCCCUUGCACGCCCUCCCUGAGUCCCCACUGCGCGGCCCCCUGACCCCCUCGCAGCGCCUCCCCUGCGCGCCCCCUGCUCCCCCCUCUGGGCGCCUCCCUGCGCGCCCCCUGCUCCCCCCUCUGGGCGCCUCCCUCGCCCCCCUGCUCCCCCCUCUGAGCGCCCCCCUGCUCCCCCCCCUGAGCGCCCCCCUGCUCCCCCCUCUGAGCACCCCCCUGCUCCUCCCUCUGAGCGCCUCCCCUGCGUGUCCCCCUGCUCCCCCCUCUGAGCGCCCCCCUGCUUCCCCCUCUGAGCGCCCCCCUGCUCCCCCCUCUGAGCGCCCCCCUGCUCCCCCCUCUGAGCGCCUCCCUGCGCCCCCUUCUGAGCGCCUCCCUGCGCGCUCCGCCCUGCACGCCCUCCCUGGUCUUUCGGGUCACCGACUCAGGCGCCGCCUGUCCAUUCGGGUCCUGUCCCCUCGUGGGCCCAGCGACCCGCAUUCAGGUCCUGGAGAAAACCAAAAAAGACUCAUCUUCCCCUCACGAGACCAAAGUUCAGUUCAAAGAGCCAAAAGGAAGCCGGCAGCGCUGGCCUGGAGCCCCGCGCCACGGCGACCCCGCCGCAGGAGCCCACGCAGAGCCGCGCCGAGCUGGCCUGGUGCCCUGCUGCUCCGGCCUCCCCCUCCCCAAAGCCGAGCGCAGCCGCGGGCCCCUGUUCUGCCCUGGCCAUCCAAAGUCCGUUUGACCCAGACACACAGUGCUGCGGCUGAGAAGCAACCUUCCCUAGGGGCAGAGCAGCAGCCUUCGAAAGAAGCCAGGCGGCAGCUGAGCCUCGGUGUGACAGGUGGAAUCGAGGUGAGGUGCGAGGUGCGGAGGCUGCCUGCAAAGCCGCGCCCCUCUCGCUGCCCGGAAGGCGGCCUGGCUGGAGCCCCGCAGCUCGUGGAGCCUCCCCGUCCCUGGGCACCGCAAAGUCUCCGGCUCAGCACUGUGGACCGAGCGGCUGCGCCCUGGCUCAGCCCCAUGCUGAACGAUGAAUGCGCAGUCCUCGAGGGCCCGGGGCCCUGCCCUGCUAAGCCACGCCGACCACAGCCUUCUUUCACCAGACCGUGCAGAGGCCCAUCUGCACCUGCUCUGCAGCCUCGCUGCUCAGGUUUUAGGGUGCGUGUGAUCCUGUGAAGAUGCAGGGUUUAACUCAGUGGAUCUGGAUCGGCCGCUCCUCUGCGGCAUCCACAUGCGCCUAGGCCACGAAGAUUUAACCAGUCGCCGAACCGAGAGCGGGCAGCAACGUGCUGGGCCUACGGAGAAGGGACCGAGCAGUCUCGAGCACUAAACACAGUGUUUUCCGGUGUGAGAGGGGAUGGAGAGAUGAGGCACGUGACCGAAGGACUUGAUAGACAACCCAGAAGCAAAGAGGCCAGGUGCGUGGUGCCUCUGCGCCAGCAUCCACCCUGGCUCCUCCCUGCCAGCCUGCCACUCACGCCGUUCUCAAACGCUCCACCUCAUCUCAUCGGGAGAGCCCUAUUCAGAUACGGUCUUCUCCAAGACCGUCCCAGUGCUGACGGACAGCUCACAGGGCAUCUUUGACAUUUAAGCAUCCGUCUGUCCUAUAGCAGGACUGACCCUUUCCCAAAGGUCACGCCACUCUUCGCAUACAUCCUCCUGGCAGAGCUGUGCUGGGAACAGAGGCUAAGAAAGCACUGCUUCCUCCUCAAUGUGUGUGUAAGUAGGUAAAAUCUUAAAGUCCCCUAAAAAUUAACAUAGUUAAUUAAAAUGUUUAAAAAUAAGUUUUGUAACAUGCACUGUAGAAUAUUUGGAAAAUACUGAAAAGUAAAAGGAAACAAAUAAAAAUAUUUUGGCCUA